AAGUUUCAGAUGAAAAUGUUCCUAUUGCUUUAGAGUGAACUGUCCUCAAAUUUACGAUAUUAACCAGUUUGGAUUAUUUUUAAACCCGGUUUUUAAACAAAAUGGCGGAGGAAACUUAUGAGUUGUGCCUGGAUGGGGAGGGACUACGAAUCAUUCCUGUCGGAGAGGAUCAGGUGUCAGUUCAUAUUCUUGCAGACGUCUCGGGAACUCAAAUAAUAUCAGGAGAUCAAGUUGGGUUUGUAAAUGCUGAAGAAGAUUCAGGUCUCUCCACCCCACUCUUUCUUUCUCAAACACAGUCUAUUUUGACUUCGCGUGGUUCUGAACUGAAACCAGCAUCAGUACACAAGAAGAACAUACAUCAAGGAAUAAGUUUGUAUAUUGAAUACGGGAAGGAGUGGGUGGAUGACCUGCUGGGCGGGAUGUCGGAGUGCUCGGGAUUCCUGGAUUUCCCGGUUUAUUGUCAGGACGGGAUCAGCUGGUCAAAUAAGCUGGUUCUAGGAUCUCUCAAUGUCAAGCUCAAGAAUAUACUGACAGCAGCUGGAGAUGAUUCUUGUCUAGUUGUGCCUCAGGUUUUUAUUUUAAUCAUGCAUUAAUUAAAAGAAACAGAU